GGUGUUGCCUAUAAUAAAUAAAACACUGCCAAACCAAAUGACGGAAACACGAGAACGUAGCUAGCGGGUGGGUUUUCUAGCCUAAACAUCCCACGGUUGUAUGAGGGAGAUGGUUUUUCCUUUUCUUUUCGCUUCCAGAUCCAUAAUCAUACUAAAAUCCCCGAUGGAUGUAGCACGGAAAUAACCAGACUAGCUCUUUGAUCGCUGCGUAGGGGAAAGAUGUCCAAUAUACUUGAUGCGGCGUUCAGAGUGAAAUGGGACCGGACGACUGCAGCGAAGCGGGCUGUCUUUCUCGCGGCCGCUGCCUACGGGGUGAAAACCCUGUACCCCAUCGUCUGCAGACAAUUCGUGAAACGGAAUGGAUGCAGGAAUAGCAGGGGCUCUAAAGGAGAGGAAAAUGGCUCAACGGUUGUCGUUAAAUCACAAACAGAUGCACUGAGUCAUAAAACGUCGCCUGGGGUAAACGCAGAAUUUUUUAAACAGAUAUUUGAACUCAUCAAAAUCCUCUUUCCAAAGCUUGUUACCAAAGAGCUCGGAUUGCUGUCUCUGCAUUCGGUCGCGUUGAUUUCACGGACAUUUCUGUCUAUCUAUGUCGCAGGAUUGGAUGGCAAGAUUGUGAAAACAAUCGUUGAGAAAGAACCACGCAGCUUCAUCAUCCAACUGAUGAAAUGGCUCCUUAUUGCCAUUCCGGCCACAUUCGUGAACAGUGUUAUCCGCUACCUCGAGUGCAAGCUGGCCCUCGCCUUCCGCACACGGCUAGUGGACCAUGCCUACACCACCUAUUUCACAGACCAGACCUACUACAAAGUCAGCAACAUGGACGGGAGGCUGACCAACCCGGACCAGUCUCUUACCGAGGACGUAAUGAUGUUUUCCCAAUCCGUUGCGCAUCUCUACUCGAACCUCACCAAGCCCAUCUUGGAUGUGAUACUCACCUCCUACACCCUCAUCCAGACGGCUCGGUCCAGGGGGGCCAACGCCAGCGGGCCGACCCUGCUGGCCGGGCUGGUGGUGUUUUGCACGGCCAAGGUUCUGAGGGCCUGCUCGCCGAAAUUCGGAAAACUAGUAGCUGAGGAGGCCCACAGGAAAGGCCAUUUACGCUAUGUGCAUUCCAGGAUCAUUGCCAAUGCAGAGGAGAUAGCCUUCUACAGGGGACACAAGGUGGAGAUGCGUCAGCUGCAGAAGUGCUACCGGGCCCUGGCGGAGCAGAUGAACUUGAUCCUGUCCAAGCGUCUGUGGUACAUCAUGGUGGAGCAGUUCCUCAUGAAGUACGUGUGGAGUAGCUGUGGACUGGUCAUGGUGGCUGUGCCCAUCAUCACAGCUACUGGCUUCGCUGACAGCGAGACUGCCGACGGUCAGACUCAGGUGCUGGUGAGCGAGAGGACAGAGGCCUUCACCACCGCCCGCAAUCUCCUGGCCUCUGGAGCUGACGCCAUCGAGAGGAUCAUGUCCUCCUACAAAGAGGUCACAGAGCUGGCGGGCUACACGACACGCGUCUACAACAUGUUCCUGGUGUUUGGCGAGGUGCAGAGGGGCAUCUACAAGCGCUCGUCCGCUUCGACCAUGGGAACAGGAGAGAAGAAGAUCGUGGCCAGGCCAGAGAUGCACAUCGACGGGCCUUUGGAAAUCAAAGGAAGAGUCAUCGACGUGGACAAUGGCAUCGUGUGUGAGAGUGUCCCUAUCAUCACUCCCAAUGGAGACAUAGUGGUCUCCAGCCUCAACUUCAAGGUGGAGGAAGGUAUGCACCUGUUGAUCACAGGUCCUAACGGCUGUGGGAAGAGUUCUCUGUUCAGGAUCCUCAGUGGGCUGUGGCCUGUCUAUGGGGGGCUGCUGCACAAGCCCUCCCCACAACACAUGUUCUACAUACCACAAAGGCCGUACAUGUCCAUUGGGACCCUGAGAGACCAGGUGAUCUACCCAGACUCUCUAAAGGACAUGCAUGACAGGGGCUACAGAGACACGGACCUGGAGGUCAUACUGGACAUCGUUAACCUCAACCAGAUAGUGACCCGCGAGGGCGGUUGGGAUGCAGAGAUGGACUGGAAGGAUGUGUUGUCUGGGGGAGAGAAACAGAGGAUGGGCAUGGCUCGCAUGUUCUACAACAGGCCAAAGUAUGCCCUGUUAGAUGAGUGCACCAGUGCUGUCAGCAUUGACGUGGAGGGGAAAAUAUUCCAGGCUGCAAAGGAUGCUGGGAUAUCCUUACUGUCAAUCACCCAUAGACCCUCCCUCUGGAAGUACCACACUCACCUGUUACAGUUUGAUGGUGAGGGAGGAUGGAGGUUCGAGCAGCUGGACACCGCUACGCGUCUCUCCCUGACCGAGGAGAAACAACGCCUUGAGUCUUCACUUGCAGGAAUACCCAAGAUGCAGCACAGACUCAACGAACUCUGCAAGAUCCUGGGAGCGGACUCAGCCCUCAAAACAGCCGAUUUAGCAGAGGAAUGAAAGAAAGAGCGACAUGUUCAGAAAAGUCAAAAGUAUCAUUUUUUUGUUUCCAACGCACACCAAACGCAUAUUCCCAUACGUUUCCAAUGUUGAGUUUUAAGAAUUCAGCGACACUGUUGUUUUCUAGAUGUUUUUAUUGCUGAGUGGUUGAGAGACUUAAAAUCUCUGACAAGCUGAGACUAAAAUUUUAUUUGGUUGAA